CCGCGACUUCGUUGUUUCUUCAUCUUUCAUCUACAAUCUAUUAAAGAUGGGCCUCCGAAUCCUCCAUCUGGUUCGACCUUUCAUGUCCAUGUUGCCGGAGAUCGCGACACCUGAUCGCAAGGUGCCGUUCAAUCAAAAGCUUCUUUGGACCGCUGUCACCCUCUUCAUUUACCUCGUCAUGUCUCAAGUUCCUCUCUACGGUAUUAUGUCCUCUGAUUCUUCGGAUCCUCUCUACUGGAUGCGUGUCAUCCUUGCCUCUAACCGUGGUACCCUUAUGGAAUUGGGUAUUACUCCUAUCGUUACCUCUGGUAUGAUCAUGCAACUUCUCUCUGGAGCCAACAUCAUUGAAGUCGACUAUAGUUUGAAGGAGGAUCGUGCUUUGUUCAGCGGUGCCCAAAAGUUGUUCGCUAUGAUUAUCGCUUUCGGUCACGCUACCGUUUCUGUCUUGACUGGCUUGUAUGGUAGCCCCAAGGAAAUUGGUGCAGGUGUCUGCUUGCUUUUGAUCAUUCAAUUGGUCGUUGCCUCUUUGAUCACCAUGCUUCUUGAUGAGCUUUUGCAAAAGGGUUACGGUCUCGGAUCUGGUAUCAACUUGUUCAUUGCUACCAACAUCUGCGAAACCAUCUUCUGGAAGGCUUUGUCUCCCACCACUGUCAACACUGGCCGUGGAGAUGAAUUCGAGGGUGCCUUGAUUGCCCUCUUCCACUUGCUUGCCACUCGCAAGGAUAAGACCCGUGCUUUGAAGGAGGCUUUCUAUCGUGGUAACUUGCCCAAUGUCAUGAGCUUGCUCUCCACUGCCAUUGUUUUUGCCAUCGUCAUCUAUCUCCAAGGUUUCCGUGUUGAACUCCCUGUCAAGUCUAACCGCAUGCGUGGCCAACGUGGAACUUACCCCAUCAAGCUCUUCUACACUUCCAACAUGCCUAUUAUGUUGCAAUCUACCAUGACUUCCAACAUCUUCAUGAUCUCCCAGAUGCUUUACAACCGUUUCCCCGAGAACUUGCUCGUCAAGAUUCUCGGUGUCUGGAAGCCAUAUGAGGGUUCUUCUCAGCUUUUUGCCACCAACGGUAUCGCCUACUAUCUGUCUGCUCCCCACAGUCUCACUGAUGCUCUUUUGGAUCCUUUCCACACUGUUAUCUACAUUGCCAUCAUGUUGACUGGUUGCGCGCUCCUGUCCAAGACUUGGAUCGAAGUUUCCGGCUCAUCUCCUCGUGAUGUCGCUAAGCAGCUCAAGGACCAGCAAAUGACCAUUGCUGGUUACCGUGAUACCUCCAUGUACAAGGAAUUGAAGCGUGUCAUCCCCGUUGCUGCCUCCUUCGGUGGUGCUUGCUUGGGUGCCGUUUCAGUCCUUGCUGAUAUGCUUGGUGCUAUUGGUUCCGGCACUGGUAUCUUGCUUUGCGUCACCAUCAUCUUCCAGGUAAGAGAGAUAUUUCUUCAUAGCUGUAGUAUUUAAUGCGACUUUGUAAGCUAACCAAUAUUGCUUUUCUCCUACUUAGUACUUUGAAAUGUUUGUCAAGGAGCAAGCUGAAGCUGGUGGCCUUGAGGGCAUGAUGAUGGGACAGUAAAAAAAAAAAAUGGCCAUAGCCUUCACCUUUACAAAAAAUUUGCCACAAAAAAACAUUUACCAUUGACCGGCAAUGUUUCAGUUUUUUCUCUUUCUUUUUUUCCCUCUCUUCCUCACUUCGAUAGCUGCCCUAUGUAUUUAGCAAUAGACCGAGAAUCUGUAACUGUAAAACCCAGGUGCAAAGGGCAGUGUUGAAUUGUGAAAACGUGUCAAAUAAAUAUAAUCAUUACAUGUGUUUAAAAAUUGA